AUAAUUUCAUUAAAACUACCCAAUGGGCUUGGGCCGAAACUUACAAACAAUUCGGUCCAGUUACAAAAUUAGGGUUUUCUGACACAUCGCCAGGAAAAAGAAAAAAGCUCGCCGCCUGUUGACCGUCGCUAGCAGAGCGACCAAAACCUAGAUCCGGCGGACUCAAGUCCCACAGCUUUGUGGCCGCCUCCGAGAAUCGUCCACCACCGACGAAAGAUUCCGGUUUUCGUCUGUAGAGACUCAACUCCAACGCACCAACCCACCACAAGACUCCCGGAAAGCUAGCCGCUCCGACGUAGCGGUUCCACGGAACCGGAUCCCGACCUAGCAACCCGAAACACUCAGCGAUAACACUUCUCUCCCAUCACCGGAAAAUAGCAAAGACCCAGAGCCAAACACACGUCGAUCCGGACCGGUGGAGACCAAAAACGGCAGACCUAAAGACUGGUGGCUCAGUCAGACUCUCUAGAUCCAAAACCCGCUGCAGCCAUCUAAGAUCCAAACAGAUCUACUGUUAACCACCGCAUCAGACAACGAACCCCCCCUUACCCCUCUCCAACUUCCGCCGUGGACGCAGCGACUAGAAUCACGGGUGAGCCUGAGAACCUCGCAGCAACCCUCAGCGUCCAUAACCAAGAGACCCCCGCCGCAACCUUCUCGACCGACAAAACCAGAGCCAAAUCCACAUCAGAGAGAGAGCUCCACACCACACGUUGACGGAGACAAGCAUCGGCUCACUCCUGGACUUCCUUGAAGAGGCUUCAAACCGACGAUGAAGAGCAGAUCGGAACAAAAAGAAAAAGGAAACUAAAUCUACUUACCGGAAAUUGUCUUCAAGAGAGAGAGAAGGGCACGACUUUCAAGGCUACGAUUGAGCCUCCAUCUCAUAAAGCCAGAUUCUUUAUCUUCCAUAAUCGUAUUAAAGCUACGAAAACCUCGAUUUCGUGUUCAAAACUUGGAUUUGCUCGCUAUCGAAAGACGAAUGGCUGACCAAGGAUUAGAAGAGAGUAAUCCAAUGGACCUUAGCAAACAUCCUUCAGGGAUUGUUCCUACUCCUCAUAGUCAAGUCAUUUACAAGAUGCCACCAAGAAUUGCUGCUAUCCGUCUUGUAAGCUCGCAUCGUGAGGUCUAUGAACCAUGUGAUGAUUCAUUUGCGCUAGUUGAUGCAUUACUCGCUGAUCGCACCAACCUUAUAGAGCACAACCCUAAGAUUUGUAUGGAGAUUGGAUGCGGAAGCGGAUAUGUCAUAACUUCACUUAUACUUCUUCUUCAAAACGAAGUUCCUGGUGUUCAUUAUCUCGCCAUUGACACUAACCCGAUAGCUACAAGAGUGACAAAAGAAACUCUAGAAGCACAUGGAGUUAAUGCUGAUGUUAUCUGCGCAGAUUUAGCUACUGGUCUAGAGAAGAGACUUGCUGGCUCAGUCGACGUGAUUGUGGUGAAUCCGCCUUAUGUGCCAACACCUGAAUAUGAAGUUGGAAUGGAAGGUAUUGCCUCUGCUUGGGCAGGAGGGGAAAAUGGCCGGACAGUCAUCGAUAAAAUCUUGCCUGUGGUUGAUCUUUUGCUAUCAGAGAAAGGAUGGUUCUACUUAGUGACAUUAACUUCAAAUUUCCCAGCAGAGAUUUGUCUGAUGAUGAGAAAGAAAGGUUAUGCUUCGAGAAUCGUAGUUCAGAGAUCAACAGAAGAGGAGAAUCUCGUUAUCCUAAAGUUCUGGAGAGACAAGGAUGAGGAGAGCCAGGACAAAGAGACAUCAUCAUCAUCGUUUGUUUCGCAGUUUUCGAAAUCCUUAUCUUCGCUUAUGGAGAAACAAUGGCGCUGAUACUACAAAGAUGGCUAGAGAUCUCAUAAGCAUGCUUUGUUUAACCAAGAAUUCUCUAGUGUUUUAAUUUUUAUGAAAAUCAUGUUUUGUGUUGGUGGUGUAGUCGUAACAGUGAUUUGAUUUAGUGGGGUUAUUGGUUAGUGGAUUUUAACUGAUGUGAAAUUUUGAUUUUCAAUUCCACAUUAUGUGAUUUGAAAAAAUCAAUGAAAAAUUAUAAAUUUCUACUUG